UAUUCAUGUCUGUUAGCCCACAAUUCACAGACCUCGCCCGAAUUACCAAAGCAAUUGAAUAACAAGCAAAUUAAAAUUCAUCGGUUAUUUUCCUUUUUUCUUCUAUAUAACCCAUUGCAAUUUCCCUCUUCCUUCUUCCACUCAUCGCAUCUCCAUUUGUGAACCAACCUCUGCACUUGCACUUUGGUUCUUCUUAUAAGAAAAUUUUUGUUAAUUGUCUUUGCCUUCUCUCUCUUCCUUUUGAAGAAUUUUUUCUUUCAAUCUUGCUGACAAUGGAUGUUCUCCACUUCUUGUUUGGUGUUUUUGGAAAUGCCACUGCCUUGUUCCUCUUCUUGGCUCCAACGAUUACAUUCAGGAGAAUCAUAAGAAGCAAGUACACAGAACAGUUUUCAGGCAUCCCAUACGUGAUGACAAUGCUCAACUGUCUCCUUUCCGCCUGGUAUGGUCUGCCAUUUGUGUCAAAGAACAAUCUUCUGGUGUCAACAAUUAAUGGGACAGGGGCAGCAAUUGAAGCCGUAUAUGUGUUGAUCUUCAUUAUCUAUGCACCAAGGAAGGAGAAGGGCAAAAUCCUAGGCCUCCUUACGCUGGUGCUCAGUAUUUUUGCCAUUGUGGCCUUUGUGUCCCUGUUUGCCCUGCACGGCAACACCAGGAAGCUCUUCUGUGGCCUCGCUGCCACCAUUUUCUCUAUUAUCAUGUAUGGCUCACCUCUGUCCAUCAUGAGGUUGGUGAUUAAAACUAAGAGUGUAGAGUUCAUGCCAUUUUUCUUGUCACUUUUUGUGUUCCUGUGUGGCACUUCCUGGUUCAUCUAUGGCCUACUUGGCCAUGAUCCUUUUAUAGCUGUCCCCAAUGGAUUUGGGUGUGGUCUAGGGGCAAUACAACUGAUCCUAUACUUCAUCUAUCGCAACAACAAAGGUGCAGAACCUGCCAAGAAACCCACAUCUCAAUCUGUGGAGAUGGGUUCUGGAAAGCCCCAGCAAGAGAAACAAAUGGUGGCAAAUGGGUCACUGGACGAGCAAGUUUAAACAGCACAAACAGCUUGUACUAGGUGCUCAUAAGGCUGCAGACCAAUCGCCCCCAUAGCAUCAAUUUGAAUCGGGGGUGGAAGUGUUUGAUACAAAGUGUUAUUGUUUAUUUUUCUAAUUUUGGAUUUACUACCAAUGAAAACGCGAAGUUAGGUGAUGAUUGUGUACAAACAAAGUAGAUGGUAAAGGAGUAUUUUUCAUGUGGGUUUGCGUUGUGACCACCUUUUUUGUCACUUUCUAUCUUCACGGAUGGAACUUACAGAAUGGUCCAAAUAUUUGGCAUAAAUGAGAGUGCACUAUUUCAAUGAGA